AUGACAGCAGAUGCUCAAAAGGCAGCUUCAAGAUCAUAUGAUUACAUUGUGGUUGGAGGAGGUACAGCGGGAUGUCCCCUGGCAGCAACUCUCUCACAGCACUACUCUGUUUUAGUAUUGGAGAGGGGAAACUCUACUUACGGAAUUCCCGAUGUGGAGGAUUUCAGAGGGUCUUCCACAACUAAUCCCAACGUAGCGCAGGCGUUUGUCUCAGAAGAUGGAGUGCAGUUGGUACGGGCGAGAGUUUUAGGAGGUGGAUCAGCCAUCAACGGUGGAGUCUACAGCAGGGCGAGCACUGAAUAUAUUCGGAAAAUAAAGUGGGAUGAGAAACUUGUAUAUGAGUCAUAUGAAUGGAUAGAACGGUUGAAUGCCUUCCAACAAUACAAGCUUUCUACUUGGAAUUCUGCUACCAAGGAUGGGCUUCUUCAAGCUGGAGUUCUUCCUUACAAUGGCCACACUUUCGAUUAUUUGGUUGGCACCAAGAUCAGUGGCUCAAUCUUUGACGAGAAUGGAAAGAGACAUACAGCCGCAGAUCUACUCCAGUAUGCAAAUCCAGAAAAUAUUGUAGUUCUUCUCAAUGCUACUGCCAGCAGAAUACUCUUCAGUUUGGGAUCAGGAAAGCCAAAGGCUAGCGGAGUGGACUUCAGAAGCAACAAUGAUGGUCUCAUUUAUCAAAUUUCACUUAACCAAUUGUCAAUCAAUAGUGAGGUGAUUUUGUCAGAGGAAGCAUAG